UCAAAACUGAAGAGAAUGAGAAAGCGAAAGCAUGAAUUGAACAAUAAGAAAUUAUAAGCGAGCAGUCAGUCAUAAGGUCGAAUCGCCGAAGAAUAAGCCACAAAGAAUUAUUUUCAUUUAAAAAUUAUCAUUUUCUGUUUUCAACUUUUAAGAGUUAUGUGCUGCUAGUCACGCACAUUUCUGAAAAUUUAAACGCAGUUAAAGAAAAUAAAAGUGCAACUGUAAAUAGGUUUAGGUUAUACACAUUCACAUUUGCACCUAUUGUAAAACAUGUCCAAGACGAGUGAUAUGAAGCCAACUGUGUCGCUGACCAGCGUCAAUGCGGAGAAUUUGUCGCGCCACCAAAUGAUAGAGUGGGUCAACACCAUGGUCAAUGGCAAUUUCAAGAAAAUCGAAGAGAUGUCAUCGGGUGUCGCCUAUUGCCAAAUGAUGGAGAUGAUCUCGCCGAACUGCAUCAAUUUGAAGCGCGUCAAAAUGUCGGCCAAACUGGAGCACGAGUUUUUCCACAACAUGAAGCUAUUCCAGGGCGCCUUUGGGCGUCUCAAGAUGGAUAAAACUGUGCCGCUGGAUCGUUUGAUAAAGGGUCGUUUUCAGGAUAACUUUGAGUUCCUGCAGUGGUUCAAGAAGUUCUUCGACUCGCAAGCGCCCGGCCUGGAGAAUAUCAGAUCGGCAGCCAAUGCAGUGCAGCCGAAGCCAAUUGUGAGGCCACGCGCAGCCAUUGCCAAGGAUGAGCCGACACAUGAACUUCAAGCGACGAUUGAGGAGCUCAAUACCAAGAUUACCGAUACGAUCGAGAAGCGCGAUCUAGCCUAUGAGAAGCUGCACAAGAUUGAGAUGCUACUCACAGAUAUGAUCAAUAAAAAUGAGCAUGUCGAUUUUUGCAAUCGCAUGCUCGAGGUGCUCUAUAAAACCGACCAAAAUGAAAAUGUCAACGACAACGUGGCACCCGAGGAUAAUAGCACUGAUAGCGCCAUCGAUGAUGUGAAUGAAGGAAUGUAUUAAAGGUUUUUUAGUUACUGUUUUUUAAUAUUUCCACCCAUUCUAUUUAAUUUAUUUAAAAUUAUUAAUUAUUAUACCCCAGAGCUGGCCGUAUCGGAUCAUUAUAUUAUAUUGCUGCCAUAUAAACGAUAAAUCGAAAUAGAUGUUUAUGUAUACAAAAAAAAA